AUGACUAAUGAAGGAGAAAAUGGUAGCGGGGCUGCUGAAAAUGAUAGUGCAGCUAUUGAUUAUGAAAGUUCAGCUGCUGAAAAUGUGAGUCUUGCAGCUGCAAUUAAUAAUGAAGCGUGUGAUGUCGAUGAUGAAGGUGAAGAAGAGAAGGGUAACACUGAUAGUGAGUUUGAAUUGAACCCAGAUUGGGUUAGUGACGAGGAUAUUGCAGAUAGAGAAGAUAUAAUAUCAAAAGUGCAGAAGGUAAAAGAGAAGUUGCACUUAGGAAUUCCAGUUACUUACCACUCUGAUGAUGAAGUUGAUAGAACCAGCAUGCCUUGCAACCAAUGGACGGUCCUAAAUCAUGGAUCCAAAGUGAAUAUGAACCCAUACUCCCUCCAGAUUUUAGAGUGA